CAUUCGGCCACGGUCGGUUUCAAGAGAGAGAGAGAGAGAGAGAGAGAGACAGAGAGACAGAGAGACAGCCAAAGGAAGCACACAAGGAAUCGGGCUGGCUCUGUAGGAAAAAGACAGUUAACGAGAAAAUAUCCCGAAAAUCAAGCAAACAAUGAAACCGAUCGAAUAAGGCUUGUGAAAGAACCGCGGCCGAUUAUAUUUCAGUCAUUGCCACGUGAACAAAGCUCGUUGAUUACACAGAUUAGAGGCAGCAGAUAGAGAGCUGUGUCAUUGAGCAGGCAGGACACGUCAGGAGAAAAAAAAAAAAAAGCUGACCGACUGCACUGUACGAGUCAGCUAUCACAUCUGAAAAGAUUUGCCCGUCGCACUCUUUUAUUUUUCAAGGACACCGCUUUGCUUUCGAACCGAGGAAAGGAUCUCGACAAAGACAUCGCCGAGGUCGAAGGUGGUGAUCAGAAGGACAAACGAUCACGGGAUAGCUUUUGUGUGUGGGGGGAGAAAACAAAUGGGGGAUUACGGGUUUGGAGUCCUAGUUCAAAACAACACUGGCAACAAGUCUGCAUUCCCGGUUCGAAUCCACCCGCAUCUGCAGCCCCCACACCACCACCAAAAUGUGUCGCAGAGCCCUGCUGCUUUCAUAAACAGCACCACAGCCGCAGGGAAUGGCACCACGGGAGGCUCUCCGUGGCUCUUUCCUGCCUCAGCCACCCACAGCAGCGUGCAAGACGAAAUCCUGGGGGGCCCAGAGAAGCCCAAAGCACAGCAGCAACAGGAAAUGCAAGAAACGCAAGAAAAGCAGCAGCAGCAGCAGUUGUCCCCUGGGAGUCACCAGGAGGGUGGUGGUGGAAUCAUUUCAGAACUGGAAAAAGCCCGGUCAGAUGAAGCCAAGACGGACAACGGCACGUCUGAAGGAAGUAACGGAAAGGAGAAGCAGUUGCGUCUCGAGUCUCCUGUCUUGACGGGCUUUGAUUACCAGGAGACGUCUGGUCUCGGGGGAACUGGCCCGGUCCAGUCCAGUACAACCUCGUCAUCGCUCACUGGCUUCAACAACUGGUCAGCUGCUAUCCCGCCGGCGCCGUCAACCAUCAUCAAUGAGGACGUUAGCUUCUUCAACCCGGCUUCUGCCAACAACGGGCCCCUGCUGUUCCAGAACUUCUCACACCACGUCAGCCCCGGGUUUGGCGGGAACUUCUCUCCCCAGAUUGGACCAGCGGCGGCCUUGUCCCAGCACCACCCGGCUCCCCCGCCACACCCUCACUUCCAACACCCCCACAACCAACACCAGCAGCAUCGGCGCUCCCCGGCCUCUCCACACCCUCCACCGCCCUUUCCGCACAGGAAUCCGGCGUUCAGCCAGUUGCCGCAUUUGUCCAACAGCCUGAACAAGCCCCCGUCCCCUUGGGGUCCGGCCAGUUACCAGAGCCCCUCUCCCUCCCCCGGCUCCUCUACCUCCUGGAGUCCUGGAGGAGGCUAUGGGAGUGGUAGCGGCGGCUGGGGAGGGUCUCAGGGCAGAGACUAUCGCCGAGGGCUGAACGGCGGGAUGACCCCCAUCAACUCCAUCUCUCCUCUGAAGAAGACCUUUCCCAACAACCAUGUGGCGUCCCAGAAGUACCCUCGAAACAGUCCCGCAGGCUUCAACCCCAAGUCCUGGAUGGAUGAUGGAGUCGGCCGCAGUGAUAACAUCUUCCCCUUUCAGGAACGCACCCGGUCAUUCGACAGCUUCAACAUGAACACGCUGGAGAGCUCCCUCAUCGACAUCAUGAGGGCUGAGCAGGACACCCUGAAAGGUCGUCUGGGAUUCCCUCAUCCAGGAGGAGACAACCCUUUACCCCUCAAUGCCAGGAAUUAUAGCAGGAGACGAGGCCACUCCUCUCUCUUCCCGAUGGAGGAUGGUUUCCCUGAUGACGAGCGUGGUGAUCAGGGCCUUGCAGGCCUGGGCUCUCCACACUGCUUUCCUCACCAGAACGGAGAGCGCGUCGAACGUUACUCACGCAAGGUCUUUGUGGGAGGACUGCCCCCAGACAUCGAUGAAGAUGAGAUAACCGCCAGUUUCCGGCGUUUUGGACACCUGUUUGUGGACUGGCCUCACAAAGCGGAGAGCAAAUCCUAUUUUCCACCCAAAGGCUACGCCUUCCUGCUGUUCCAGGAUGAGAGCUCAGUGCAGGCUUUGAUUGAUGCCUGCAUCGAAGAGGACGGCAAGCUGUACCUCUGUGUGUCCAGCCCCACCAUCAAAGACAAGCCGGUCCAGAUCCGCCCGUGGAACCUGAACGACAGCGACUUCGUGAUGGAUGGCUCUCAGCCCCUGGACCCGAGGAAAACCAUCUUUGUGGGAGGAGUCCCUCGUCCGCUCCGUGCAGUGGAGCUGGCCAUGAUCAUGGACCGUCUGUACGGUGGGGUUUGCUACGCCGGCAUCGACACUGACCCCGAGCUGAAGUACCCCAAGGGAGCAGGGCGGGUCGCCUUCUCUAAUCAGCAGAGCUACAUUGCUGCUAUCAGUGCUCGCUUUGUACAGCUGCAGCAUGGAGAAAUCGAUAAACGGGUGGAAGUGAAGCCAUACGUGCUGGAUGACCAGCUGUGCGAUGAGUGCCAGGGAACUCGCUGCGGCGGGAAGUUUGCGCCGUUCUUCUGCGCCAACGUCACCUGCCUGCAGUACUACUGCGAGUACUGCUGGGCGGCCAUCCACUCGCGCGCCGGCCGAGAGUUUCACAAACCCCUGGUGAAGGAAGGAGGCGACCGGCCCCGUCACAUCUCCUUCCGCUGGAACUGAGCAGACGACGAGAGAGGGGAGAGGCAACAGGGGAGCAGGAGGGCAGGUAGUGCAGGAGUCGCAAAUCAUUGUACAAAUAAAUGCACUUUUCUGUUGCUGGUUCCUUUUCGUUCCAAUUUCACUGAACCUUUUUUCCUAAUUUUUUUUUUUUUUAAGUUAAUAUAUAUCUAUAUUUUGAAGAUAGAAAAGAAAAACUGGAAUUAUAUCCAAAUAUUGUCCAGCAAAGGAAAAAAGAUGUGUAACAUAAUUUUAUUUAUGCGUUUGAUUUUUUUUUUUAAAAAUAUUUUAUUAGUUCUCAAAAAAAACACACAUAUAUAGGAACGUUUGAGGUUUGAUAUGGUACUCUGCUGUGCAAUUGGCCUUUUUUUUCUAAACAAUGUAUUUUAAUUUUGAUACAAGACGCCCCAAAACGAUACACUUCAUUUGACAUUUGAUUGACUUGAUUUGUAGCAGAGCUGUUUAUUGUGUACCGAGGUGUGAUUAAGUUCUCUAUUGGUACAAGAGGCUCCACAACAAAUGUGACUUGAAAAAGGUGUUGCUAAAGAAGAGUGCACUUAUUUCCAAUUCUGAAGAGUGCAGAGACACGAGACCCUUCGUAGUUAAUAACCAAAGCGGAAUCUUGGAUUAACUCUGAAGAACAGAGAGGGCCCACUGCAGAUUCUUUUCCCUCCCAUAUCAACAUGUUUGAACCUUUCUUUUUUUGAUUUCCAACGUCAUACACACAUUUUGAUGUUACUUGAAAAAUCGCAAACGAAAUUUUAGCAACACAUAUUUGGGUUUUGAUCUCCAUUUUGACAUGCAAAAACUAAUACCUCAAACUCAGCUGCUAAUGUGCCGAAUACAGUUAACAAGAAAGGAAGAAAAAACAUUAUUACCUGCUUGUGUUCUCCUUUCCUUAGAACUAUAAUCAAAGGGAAGUGAUGCAACAGGCAGAGCGUGAUGUGACCGGCACCGUUUUCUACUCGCUUGCUUCAUCACCUCCUUAUUUUUAUAUUCAAACCCAGGGUUGUGCUAGGGGCAGAGCAGAGCA